AUCUGCGGUUUCUCGGCCGCUGGCAUGUGAUAUGUUGUCAUUGAUGCAAUAAUUGCGCAUCAAAUAGUCAUCGUAAAAGGAUUAUAAAGCAGGUCCUCCAAUUUGGAUCCAUUAAUACAAAAUGAAAACGUUUCUGGUUGCGUUGGUCCUUUUGGUAUAUCCAUUGAAUUCACUAGACGGCACGAGACUGACUUCUAAGGCCUGCAAUGAGUCUAACACUUCAAUAGCGCUCUCGCAAAUAAUCAGUGGUCUGCGACUACCUUUACUGGCCAUAUUGGUACAUCCAACUUCCACAGUAUUUGACGAAAGCUGCCAGAACGACAGCGGCUUUCAUGUUAAUGAUUUCCUACAUCGGAUUAAUCAAAUCUACUUUAAAACGAUGAUAUUCAGCGACACGGAGCUCUUUUUUCAACACAUUGAGAAGAAUCUUCAAGGAGCCAACGAAUGCGUCAGCCUGAUUCUUGACGAGCCCAAGGAGCUGUUGCAUAGCCUUUACGACCGACGCCUAGCCCAUCGUCUUAGCUUGUUUAUCUUCUAUUGGGGAGCCCGUUUGCCACCCAGCUCUCGCGCCGUUGAUUUCAGGGAGCCACUGCGAGCGGUGGUGAUAACCUGUCCCCGCCAAAACGCUUUUCGCAUCUAUUACAACCAGGCCAGGCCCUGCAGCGCUAGUCAGCUGCAGCUGGUUAACUGGUAUGACGGUGAAAAUCUGGGUCUGCAACGGAUCCCUGUUCUCCCAACUGCGGCAUCUGUAUACGCCAAUUUUGAGGGUAGAAUUUUUCUAGUACCUGUGUUUCAUUCUCCACCAUGGUUUUGGGUCACCUAUUACAAUAACAGUUUCGAAGAGGAGAAGAUCUCAAAAGUUUUUGGGAGCUCGCAGUAUAUCGAAUUGCGAAUCACGGGUGGUCGCGAUCACUGUCUAUUGAAGGUACUGGCCAAGCAUAUGAACUUUCGGUUCAAGUACAUCGAGGCUCCGGGACGAACACAGGGCUCAAUAAGGUCCGAUGAUGCCAGGGAGUCGAAUGACAGUUUUACGGGUGGCAUUGGAAUGCUGCAAUUUAGAGCUGACUUUUUCUUGGGUGACGUCGGUCUAAGCUGGGAGCGCCGAAAAGCUGUCGAGUUCUCGUUUUUCACGCUGGCCGACUCUGGAGCCUUCGCCACACAUGCCCCCAGACGCCUUAACGAGGCCUUCGCCAUUAUGCGCCCAUUCAAGCCAGACAUAUGGCCAUAUUUAGUUCUUACGAUUCUCUUCUCCGGUCCUAUCUUCUACGGUAUUAUUGCCAUGCCUUAUAUCUGGCGUCGACGUCGUGUCUUAGCAGACGUCGAGCAUUUUGGGAAAAAAAAUUUUUCCACAUCAUACAUCAAGGAGACCAUACCGCACAAAUUAAAAUUAAAGAUAAUGAAGAUCCCGUCUGCGCAGCAGAUGCCUUAUCAACUGUUUGAGAAGUGUAUCUGGUUCGCUUUACGCUUGUUCUUAAAACAAUCAUGUCAGGAACUGUAUUACGGCUACCGUGCCAAGUUUCUGACUAUUGUGUACUGGAUAGCAGCAACAUAUGUUUUAGCUGAUGUAUAUUCGGCUCAAUUGACCAGCCAGUUUGCACGACCCGCCCGUGAGCCACCCAUCAACACGCUACAGCACCUGCAGGCAGCCAUGAUCCACGACGGUUAUCAGCUGUAUGUGGAAAGGGAAAGCAGCUCCUUGGAUAUGCUGGAGAAUGGGACUGAACUCUUUCAACAGCUAAACGUCCUGAUGCGGCAGCAGCAACCCGGUGGCCUUCAGACAUUUUUUAUUGACUCGGUGGAAGCUGGCAUCCAAAUGAUCGCCGGUGGCAGCGACUCCAAAGUAGUUCUGGGUGGACGUGAAACUCUUUUUUUUAACAUUCAGCAAUAUGGAGCAUAUAACUUUCAGCUCAGUCAAAAACUCUACACUCGGUACUCGGCGGUGGCCGUACAAAUUGGUUGCCCUUUCCUUGACAGUCUGAACAAUGUGUAAGUCUAUAACAAACUAACAGAAAAGAAAUGUGAGAAAAAGAACCUUUACCCUAGCUUACAG